ACUACCUAAUAGAGAUUUCUGGUACUAUAAAAUAUAAUCAGCAGAAAUCUCUGUUAUCUUGACCAAGCAUAUCUCUGGCACCAUCUCACUUCUUAGCGGUGGAAACAAAAUAUUAAAUAAGAGUGUACAUGUGGAGGGCAGGAGAUUGACUGGAAGAUACAUUAGAUGUUACAUUAAAGCUUUCUCUUCGGGAGAGCAAGAUGUUACAUGAAUCUGAUUCUGGCACUCUUACAAUCUUUUGUCGAUUUGGUAAAUUGAUUGUCAUUUUACGUCCAGAUUAUAUUGCUUAUAAUCAAUAGAUAGUGACAGCAAUUUAGACUCGGACCAAAUCUCUUAAUACAAAUUUUGGCACUUUUUUUUUUAUCUCAAGUGUCAUGAUUAUUAUAAUACCUUAUAACACUCAACCUUUUUAAGUCAAAAAAAAAAAAAAACUACCACAUAGAGAUUCCUGGUAUCAUGUAAUAUAAUCAGGGGAAAUUUCUGUUAUCUACCAAUCACAUUUCUGGUACCAUGUCACUCACCAGCGUCCGAAACAAAACGUAUAUACGAGGAUCUAACUUAGCGUUCAACAUUAAGAAAAUGAAAGUUUGUGUUGUUUAAGAACAAAACAACCACUCAGUAUAUGUCAACAGUUAAGUGAUCCAGGCAUCCAGCAACUUUAAAGAAUUUCUCAUUCCUUAUGGCCAGUCAGAAUAUUUUUAUCUGUCAGUUCUUAUCCACUCUGUCAUUAGCUGUAAGAAAUUAUUUUCUAGUUUAUAUGCAUAAUACUCUAACCUCAGAGGAAUAAGUCAAAUACAGAUGUGGGUAUCAAGCUAUGUCAUUAGAAAUUGUUAACGAAAGAAAAUAAGUCAUUGGCUGUAUACAUUCUAUGUUUUCAUGUUUGACUUUUGUGGAAUGCUUGCGGACAAAGGUUCUGCAGAGUUGUAGUAAGUUAGUAGUAAUUUUACGUCCAAAUCGUAGCACUUAUAAAAUAGAUAGAGAAACAAGUUAGAUUCCUCAAACCAAAUAGCUCUGAUCUAGUUUUGUAGUCCUUUCUCUCCUUCCCAUUUCUUCCCAAUCUCCCAUGCUCGUGUAGAGUCGAUAGCCAUGUCAUUAUACACAAACUUCCAAAACUCUUUCAUGGUUUUAUUCUUCUUUCUUCUUCCUAUUUUUAUGAACUCAAUCUCCUUUAACAUGACUCGGUUUGAACCCCAGGCCACUAACAUCAUACUGGAAGGUGAUGCCGCGACUGUCAUAGGUACCAUUGAAUUGAUCAACAAAGACAGAUACAAUUGCCGUGUUGGUCGAGCUACUUGUUUCGAACAGGUACCCUUGUGGGACUCGGCCACUGGAAAACUCACACACUUCGCCACUCAUUUCACUUUUUCGGUUGAAAACACAACAUCAGAAUAUGGUGCUGGAUUUGCCUUCUUUAUUGCUCCUGUUGGUUAUCCAAUCCCUCCGAAUUCAGCUGGUGGAUUUCUCGGUCUUUUUAAUACAACAACUACUGAUAAAACAUCUCUCAAUCAGAUAAUUACUGUUGAAUUUGAUUCAUUUGCAAAUCCUGAAUGGGAUCCAGAUUUUACACAUGUGGGGAUUAAUAAUAAUUCAAUCAAGUCUGCUGUUUUUGUUCCGUGGAAUGCUACCUUACACAGUGAGGAAGUUGGUAACGCUUGGAUCUCAUAUAAUGCGAAUACUAAGAAUCUCAGCGUGUACUGGACAUAUGAUAAGAAUCCUGUGUAUCAAGGAGAAUCUCUUCUUUCAUACCAAGUUGAUUUGAAGCAGAUUUUACCAGAAAGGGUUACCAUAGGAUUCUCCGCUGCUACUGGAAUGUUUACUGGACGGCAUAUUCUUUUGUCAUGGGAUUUCAAUUCAACGCUGGAAGGUAAGGAAAAAACGGUACGAAAUGAAAAAGAAGUACCAAAUGUCAAAUUGAUAGUUGGAUUGUCUGUGUCCGGAACUGUUUUAGCAGGAUGUGUUCUUGGUUUACUUGUGGUAUGGCUGAUGAGGUCGAAAAGGCGAAGAGCAAGAAAGCACAAAGAGGAAGUUAACUUUACAUCUGAUUUUGAAAGAGGAGCUGGUCCGAGGAGGUUCUUGCUUAGAGAACUAGUUUCUGCUACAAACAACUUUUCAGAGGAAAGAAAAUUAGGAGAAGGUGGAUUUGGAGGCGUCUACAGGGGAUUUAUAAAUGAAAUGGAUUUGGCAAUUGCUGUGAAGAAGAUAUCUGGUGGAUCUAGACAGGGUCAGAAACAGUACAUAACUGAGGUCAGGAUCAUCAGUCGACUGAGACACCGGAAUUUGGUGCAGCUCAUUGGUUGGUGUCAUGAGAGCGGUGAAUUUGUACUAGUUUACGAAUUGAUGCCUAAUGGUAGUCUAGAUGCUCUUAUGUUCGGCCUAAGAACCCCUCUUAUGUGGGCUGUCAGAUACAAAAUAGCACUUGGGUUGGCCUCAGCACUGCUCUACCUUCAUGAAGAAGGAGAGCAAUGCGUAGUCCAUCGCGAUAUCAAAUCAAGCAACAUAAUGCUGGAUUCAUAUUUCAAUGCAAAGCUUGGUGAUUUUGGUCUAGCUCGCCUUAUGGAUAAUGAACUAGGUCUCCAAUCAACAGGGCUAGCUGGGACAUUAGGCUAUUUAGCACCAGAAUACAUAAGCACGGGCAAGGCUAGUAAAGAAUCUGACGUCUUUAGCUUUGGGGUAGUGGCUUUAGAAAUCGCUUGUGGGAGAAAAUCAAUGGAUUAUAUAGAAGAGGUUGCUGAUGUUGGGUUAGUAGAGUGGGUUUGGGAUUUAUAUGGGAGAGAUGCGGUCUUGGCUGCGAUCGACCAUAAACUGAACCUGGAGUUUGAUGCAAAACAAGCCGAAUGUUUGAUGGUUGUUGGAUUAUGGUGUGCACAUCCAGAUCGAAGUUUCAGACCUUCAAUUAGACAAGCAAUUCAGGUACUUAACAUGGAAGCAAGUAUUCCAACUCUCCCUACAAAAAUGCCGGUUCCCUCAUAUCAUGUACCAGAACUGGAGCUUAUUUUAAGUGAGCGAAAUUCUACACUGCUGCAAGCAUUGACAUAGGUCGUUAAACACUGAAUUUCAGCUUGUUACCUGAAUCUGUCCUUAUGGUUGUUGAUUCUGUUAGUGUUCAUUCGCAAUCUCAUGAGCUUGUUGUUGAAAUGUGUGAUUUUGUUAAUAAAACAAUAACAUUAUGAGGUUUUGGAGGUGCACUUAAAUAAAUUGAAAUGAUAAUUCACGA